AGAGGUUUAGGAUUUCCGUUUCACGCGUUCAAACAUCGAAUCGCCAGGUGUUAUCGAGCUCUAACGACAGACAAUUUGUAAAUAAUGUUCGAAAUCACAGACACGCAGAAAAUCGGAGUAGGACUGGCGGGAUUUGGGAUCUCCUUUCUAUUCCUCGGCGUACUGUUACUUUUCGAUAAAGGUUUACUCGCCAUUGGAAAUCUUUUAUUUAUAUCGGGGCUCGCAUGUGUCAUCGGGCCAUGGAGAACGUUAAAUUUCUUCUUUCAAAGGCACAAGAUGAAAGCUAGUAUCUCAUUUCUAGGAGGUGUCCUUGUAGUACUUAUGGGUUGGCCCAUUGUAGGAAUGAUCUUAGAAACCUAUGGCUUUGUAUUACUCUUCAGUGGUUUUCUACCAGUAGCGAUAAACUUCCUACGAAGAGUACCUGUAUUGGGAACUGUACUGAAUAUGCCUGGCAUCAGUCGAGUUCUAGACAUAAUAGCAGGUGAUUCUAAUCGAACGACUGUAUGAUAAAAUUACAUAUAAUAUAUAUAUAAACGCC